AUGCUAGGCUCGAUCCAGACGCACUUCUGGGCCGUGCGAGACUACCUCGCGCCCGUCCUUCGCGACUCCAAGUUCAAGGAGACCGGCCGCAUCACGCCCGACGAGUUUGUCGCAGCGGGAGACUUUCUCGUCUACAAGUUUCCGACGUGGCAGUGGGAGGCGGGCGAGCCGGGAAAGGCGAGGGACUUCUUGCCGAAGGACAAGCAGUACCUGAUCAGUCGGAAUGUCCCGUGCCUACGUCGCGUCUCGCAGCUCGGCCAACAAGGCGGAGCGAACGACGAAUAUGCAGAGACGCUUAUGCACUUCACGGCGGAGCUUGACGAAGGCGAUGUCGCUGCGGGCGAUGCGGGAGACGAGUGGGUUGCGACCCACACUUCGGCGAAAGACCCGAAUUCGACGAGCGAGAUCCCCGUCAUUGGCGACAUACCCGAUGUUGACGGCCCUUCCGCUAGCUCUUCCUCUCACGCCGUCGACGGCAUCACUUCACACCUCGCCGACACCUCGAUCCAGGCAGACGAGAUCCCUGAUCUUGACGACAUCCCUGAUAUGGACGACGAGGAUGCGGUUGGCGGAGGAUUGGUCGAGGAAGAGGACGAUGCGGCGGUCAAGGUCGAGCCGGUGAAGAAGGAGGGCGGUCGAUCCGACAACAUCAUUCAGGUCCGGACGUACGACUGCAUGAUCACCUACGACAAGUACUACCAGACCCCGCGGAUGUGGCUGCUCGGCUACGACGAGCAAAAGCGACCUCUCCCGCCGACUUCCGCUCUCGAAGACGUCUCCUCCGACCACGCACUCAAGACCGUCACGAUCGAGCCCUUCCCUCACUCUUCCUCCCUCUCCAUCGCGUCUGUCCACCCAUGCAAGCACUCGAGCGUCAUGAAGAAGGUCAUCGAGCGGAUGGACGGCAACGUGCGCGAGUUGCAGCGGCGGGAGAAGGCGGCUUCGGGCCUGGGCGCGGCGUCGCAGGAGAAGGAGAAGAAGAGCGGUGGAGGAAAGUGGCUCGGGCUCGGGAAGAAGAAGGAGAAGAGCGAGAAGGGCGACAAGGCGGACGAGGCUGACGAGGACGAGGAGGGACUGCGGGUCGAGCAGUACUUGCUCGUCUUCCUCAAGUUCAUCAGUACCAUCACCCCGACCAUUGAGGUCGACUCGACGGCUAGCAUCUGA